UUAGCGUUGGUUCCCCGGUUGCCGGGUUUGAGUGCUCGGCGCGGCGUUAGCAAGCGAUCAGUUCAGACAGGAACAGGAAGUAAAAAGGAGAGUUGAUUCGAGGCAAGGAGCAUAUCUGUUGCUUUUUCCACGCGGUUAGCACAUUUGUUCAGGUGCAGUUAGAGUUACAAUUUCACAAUUAAUGCCAUGUUACCUGCGUUCCUUGUUCAUUUAACUAGCGGCAACAGGAUAAGUGAACGAGUCAACAGAAACCAAUACCCGCGAGGCCCGGUUUAGUAAAGUUUUGAACGACUCGGUCAACACUCGCCAUCAUCACUACCCAGCUGCAUUUGUUGGACGCACUCAGCCAGGAUGGACGUCGGACCUGGACACCACAUGGAGGUGAAGCGUCGUGCAGUCAAGUUGUCGGUCCAUCCAUCCAGGGGACUGGUGGACGAGAAGUUUGUCAUUGUGGUCCAGAGUGCGCCCCCUGGUAUCCAGCUCACCGUCCACGCCUUCCACCGCUGCGAGGAUGGACACGGCUGGGAGGCGUUCGCUCACUACGUGUCUGAUGCCAGCGGCUCUGUUAACGUGUUGCAGGAUGCCAGCAUGGGGGGGACGUACUCCGGGGUGGAACAGAUGGGUCUCCUGUGGAGCCUCAGACCAGUUCCAGGCAGCAAACCUGGACUCAGGUUGAGGAAGAUGAACGUGCAGACCCCCAUGGAGUUCACCAUCUCAGUGCAUCGGGGUUAUCGAACUGAGGGCUUCCUGGACCAGGUGGCCCUGGCCUCUCAGGUGGUGGAGCGCUGGUACAUGGCGCCCGGCGUCCGCAGGAUCCCCGUCACAAAGGACGGACUGUCGGCCACCCUCUUCCUUCCCUCAGGACCUGGACCGUUCCCUGGAGUCUUGGACUUGUGGGGGGGCGGAGGGAGUUUAGUGGAGUUUCGAUCUGCGCUGCUCUCCUCCCACGGUUUCGCCUCGCUGGCCCUCGACUACCUGAGCCCCAGGAUCAGCCAGGAGACGGGCAAGAUGGUGGACGACUCAUAUUUCGAGAAGGCGCUGAGAGUCCUGCAGAGACACCCUCAGGUGGUCAGCAGCAGGACAGCAUUGGUGGGCCUCUGCCUGGGCAGCAGCUUCUGCCUGAAGAUGGCCGCUGACCCCUCAAGCAUGAAGCCUCGGUGUUUGGUGUGCGUCAGCGCGACUCAUGUGAUUCCAUCGCCGACAACAUUUGACUACCGGAACCAAGCUUCUGGAAAGUGUCGCCGCAACGAAGACAACGAGGUGAUCUCUCGCGACGUGCUGCUGCCGCUUCCGACUGACCCCGCCCUCAAAGUGGACGUGGGACGACUGCAGUGUCCUCUGCUGCUGAUUGUAGGCCGGGACGACCAGAAUAUACCCGCCUACGAGUCUGCUCUGGAUAUGAAGGAGAUGAUGGAGCGGGCGGGGAACAGCCACCUCCUGACGGUGGUGUCCUACCCGCACGCCGGUCACCUCAUUGAGCCUCCAUACUCGCCACACACCAGAGCCAGCUUCUUCCGCUCCAUCAUGGCAGGACAGAAGAGUGCAUUCACUUUCAAGGCACUGUGGGGCGGACAGAUGGCGGGUCAUAGUCACGCUCAGGAGGACGCCUGGAAGAAGACGCUGGACUUCCUAUGGGAGCACCUCUACUGCAGCGUGACCCCGCCCAGGGCACACCUCUAAGUGUCGUUCCUGCUGUCAGGAACUCAAAAGAUGAUUUACGUCCUGAUUGCAAUUUAUGCACAAUCCACUACUCACCAGCAGGGGGAAGCAAUGUAUUAGUUAUCACACACAAAAACAGUGAUUUUUUUUAAAGGCUAAUUUUAGGUGUUUGAUCUUGUACCUAAUG